AUGGGAAACGCCAAAAGCAGCGCUAUGUCCAAGGCGAUUUUGGAGGACCUGAAACUUAACACCAGAUUUUCAGAAGAAGAGCUGUCACAGUGGUACGAGAAUUUUCAGAAGCAGUGCCCAUCCGGCCGAAUCACACCUGCUGAGUUUACAAAGAUCUACGAACGGUUCUUCCCAGACAGUGACACCGCGUGUUACGCCCAGCAUGUAUUCCGCUCAUUUGAUACAAACGAUGAUGGGACGCUGGAUUUCAAGGAAUACAUCAUUGCUCUCCAUAUGACGUCGACUGGAAAGACGGAGCGUAAACUGGAGUGGGCCUUCUCACUGUUUGAUGUUGACAAGAAUGGCUACAUCACCAAGGCAGAAGUGAAGGAAAUAUGCCAGGCCAUCUUUAAGCUGAUCCCCAAAGAAGAACAAGAGAAUCUUCCAGAUGAUGAAAACACUCCAGAAAAAAGAGCAAACAAACUGUGGUCUUUCUUCGAUAAGAAAGAUAAUGAACGGCUGGCUGAGGGGGAGUUUAUUCAGGGCAUUCUCGACAAUGAGGAUGCUCUUCACUUCAUUCAGUAUGAGCCCCCAAAGUAAGAUAAAUAAAGACAAUCAAAUUAUAUUUUCGCUUUCAUGCCACUUCCUCUGCCCAUGUGCUUUUCUUUCAUUUUUCAUUUUGUUUUGUUGUAACUUUCAUCCUUUUAAUCUGUUUCUAUUCUUGCAUCAGUGCUACAAUCUCUUUGUAAAUAUCACCCAAAAACCCAUUACCUCCAGUGUAUUUUAAAUGAGUACUGGCAUGAGAGAAGUGGCAGGAUACAUUAUAUUUACUCUUUACAAUGCCUAUAAUUAUGACUGAUAGUGAGGCAUGUCUUUUGGGAGUAUACUAAUGUGUGUAGACUACAAUCCCAGAUCUCAGAUGAUUUUAAUGAUGCUCAGUGCACUUUCUCAAGUUCUUAAGCAAACGCAUCUAAAAUGUCUUAAAUUUAAAGAAAGUCAAACAAGCAAAAUAUCAAAUUUUCUGUUA